AUGUACAACGCGCAUCGCGGCAUAGCCGGCGCACCCGCUCCGCCAAACAGCCGUCUUGUCGAGCUGCUCGAGCAGGUCCGCGCCGAAUUCGAGGCCCAGGGCGGCCGUGCAAACGAGUAUGAGCAUCAGCUUGCAAACCAGAUCCAGGAGAUGGAACUCGUCCGCAGCAAGAUCUUCCAGCUCGAGCAGACCCACAUGCAGAUGAAGCAAAAGUACGAAGAAGACAUCUCUCGUUUGCGCCGCGAUCUUGAGGCUCGUGGAGGACCAAGCCAGUCUUCGCACACCGGUCCCUCCCAGCCUCCUCCGCCCUCGAUCGGUCAUGGCCCUGCCAAUCUCUUCCAGGGUAUCAUGGCCGGCGCUACCGCUCAGGGUGGCCCGGGUCUUGCACCUCCCCCUCAAGAUGGUCCGCCUCAGGGAGUCCCUGCCCAUAUCCAAGGUCCCCCUGGAUUGAACCCUCCUCCUGGUCCUCCUCAACAUGCUCCCUUCGGCGGCUACGGCCAGCCCCCAGCUGGUGUCAAUGGGUACGGUCCCGCACCACCUCAGCCUACAGCUUCUCCUGGCCCUGGCAAGCCGCGAACCAAUGCUCGCGGCCCUCCUGGUAUCCCCGGCACCCCUCAGCAGAACAACGCAAACCCUUACCCUGGCUCUCCCGCCAUGGCGCGCCCCACUCCUCCUCCAGCUCUCGCUCAACAACAGCAGGCUCUUUCUCUGCCCCAACACCAGCAAUACGUUCAAGAGCUUGGUGGUAGCGGCAACCAGUUGGUUGACUUGGCUGUUGAAACUCUUCCCAGCAACCUCAAGCGCGAGGGUGAAGACUGGUACGCUGUGUUCAACCCACGCGUUCGUCGCACUUUGGACGUCGAGCUCGUCCAUAACUUGGCCCACCAGAGUGUAGUCUGCUGUGUUCGUUUCAGCCGUGAUGGAAGAUUCGUUGCUACUGGUUGCAAUCGUUCUGCUCAGAUCUUCGACGUCGAGAGUGGCCAGCAGGUCAAGCAUCUGCAGGAUACCAGCCUGCCUCAAGAUGGUGAUCUCUACAUCAGAAGCGUCUGCUUCAGCCCUGAUGGUCAAUAUUUGGCUACUGGUGCUGAAGACAAGAUCAUUCGCAUUUGGGAGAUUGCCGCUGGUCAGAUCCGUCAUUCGUUUGCUGGUCACGAGCAAGAUAUCUACUCUCUGGAUUAUUCUUCUGAUGGUCGUUACAUCGCAUCUGGAUCUGGCGAUCGUACCGUUCGUGUUUGGGAUAUUCCUAACAACCAGUGUGUUCUCUGCUUGACGAUCGAGGAUGGCGUCACUACCGUUGCCAUCUCACCAGACAAUCGCUUCCUGGCUGCCGGUAGUCUCGACAAGAGUGUAAGAGUGUGGGAGUUGGCCAGCGGAAACCUUCUCGAGAGACUUGAGGAAGCUGGAGGCAACCCCGGUCACAAGGACAGCGUCUACUCAGUCGCAUUCUCGCCCACCAGCAGAGAACUUGUUAGUGGCAGUCUGGAUAGAACCAUCAGAAUGUGGGAGCUCCAGAGCCACUACCCAAACACCCAAAACAUGCCACCGAGAAACCCUCGUGGAGGCAAGUGUAUCCGCACAUUCGAGGGCCACAAGGACUUUGUUCUCAGCGUCGCGCUUUCGCCUGAUGGCGAGUGGGUCCUGUCUGGUUCAAAAGACAGGGGUGUUCAGUUCUGGAACCCCCAGACCGGUGACGCCCAGCUCAUGCUUCAAGGACACAAGAACUCGGUCAUUUCUGUCGCACCCAGCCCUGUCCAAGGCGGUUUGUUCGCCACUGGAAGUGGAGACAUGCGUGCGAGAAUUUGGAGAUUUUCGAGAUAUGACCCCUCUCGCGGUUGA